AUGAACAUCUUCAGGAGUCUUUUAGGCAAAGUCUGGCACGAUCCCAACGCGGCCGAGGUCGUCAAGAUCUCCGAGGGCCAGCUCUACCUCGUCCGCUCGGGCGCAGUGCGCGGCGGCCGCGAGUGCAUAUACAAUGACGCCAUGGCGACUAUCCGCCGGGUGCCCUCGAUGGAGCACACCUUCCAGCUGGUGAUUACGCGCGUGUACGAGGACGGCGACCAGGAGCUGCUCGAGGACGAGGAGGAGAUCCUAAAUCCCGUCACCCUCCUCCCCAAACGUCUCGCUCGCAAUAAAGCCGACGAGGAGCGCGUGUUUCUGGUCUGCGAGGAGCUCGAGUUCCGGACGGGCAUGACCGCAGACCAGGAGCCGACCUUCAUCUUCCGCGACCUCCAGGGGGACAUCGACGAGCUGUACGAGUUCGUCGCGGCAGGCACGAACGAGCCGACGCGCGCGUUCUUCGAGACGUGCAUGUACCGCGCCAUGUACGAGCGCAAGUACCGCGCGAGCGCGGACGACCUCUCGGACGCGGACCUCCGCGAGUUCAUCUGGCAGCCCCCCGCAGCAAAGAAGUCGAAGGGGAAGACGUCGCGGAAGGCUUCCGCGUCCCAAUCGGAGGAAGCAUCUCCCCCUGCCGUUGAGGAGGUCGCGGUGGCGACCACCUCUGCGAGCCCCCCGCCGAGUCCCGCAAAGACGAAGAAGAAGACAGCGGCAGACCCGAACAUACCCGCGCUGGCUACGGAACUCGCAGAGCUGCAUCUGUGGGACAAGGACCAGAGCCUCUUCCUCAAGGAGGCCGACGUCACCGCACGGGUGGCAAACAACCCUGCUGGGGGCAAGUAUGACUACUGGUUGGUCGCGUCGACAGACGAGGGCCAGAUGCUCGCCCACAGGAUCUCGUCCGAAAUGAACCAGCGGUGGUCUACCCGCGUGCUCUCGCUCACAUGGAAUAACAUUAGUGAGAACGGCGUAGGGAACAGCUGGUGCCUGCGGUUUGACACUCAGGAGGCGUUCGAUGAGUUCCAACGGGCAUUCACUCGUGCACAGUGGGAGGCGAUGAACCAGUGGCCAUGGGAGAAGGCCAAGUUCGAGGAACAGAGUUAUGUCAUGAGCUCGAACACGGAAGACGUCGAGAUGAAGGAUGUGGAAGACGAGGAGGACGAUGAGGAAGCCAUAGCACAGGAGCUGGAUAGGAGUGACGAUGAGGAAGAGGAAGAGUAUCCAGAAGAAGAAGAUGACGUGCCGGCGAUGCCGAAGGGUCGCAACAAGCAGCUCAUGGUGGGCUUCAAGGGGGACCGGUCGUAUGUGGUACGGGACGACAAAAUUGGCGUGUUCAGCCAUACAGGCCAGAACCAGGUCAAGUACUAUGCGUCCAUCAGCAACGUUUCGACACCCAAGGGGAAAGUCUUCAGCCCCAAGCAUGUCAUGCUACACGACCAAGACGCGAAGAUGGUGCUCAUGAACCCAUCCGAGCCGAACUCGCUGUACAACCUCGACAUCGAGCGCGGCAAGGUCGUCGAGGAGUGGAAGGUGCACGACGACAUCACGGUCGACGCGAUCGCCCCGGACAACAAGUUCGCGCAGAUGACGCCCGAGCAGACGCUCGUCGGGCUCUCGCACAACGCGCUCUUCCGCAUCGACCCGCGCGUGUCCGGCACGAAGAUGGUCGACUCGCAGUUCAAGCAGUACGUUGCGCGCAACAAGUUCUCGUCCGUCGCGACGACCGAGGCGGGCAAGCUCGCCGUCGCGAGCGAGAAGGGCGACAUCCGCCUCUUCGACUCGAUCGGCAAGAACGCGAAGACGGCGCUCCCGCCGCUCGGCGACCCCAUCAUCGGCGUCGACGUCACCGCGAACGGCCGCUGGAUCGUCGCGACCACGAAGACGUACCUACUCCUCAUCGACACGCUCAUCGGCGAGGGCCGCUACACCGGCGCGCUCGGCUUCGACCGCAGCUUCCCCGCGAACGCCAAGCCGAUCCCGCGGCGGCUGCAGCUCCGCGCGGAGCACGUCGCGUACAUGGACCACAGCGUCGCGUUUACGCCCGCCAGGUUCAACAUGGGCGAGGGCAAGGAGGAGAACGCGAUCGUGACCUCUACGGGCCAGUACGUCGUCGCGUGGGACUUCGGCAAGGUCAAGAAGGGCCAGCUCGACAAGUACGAGAUCAAGAAGUACGACCAGUUCGUCGUGCAAGACAACUUCAAGUUCGGGGACGACAAGGAGAUCAUCGUGGCCCUCCAGAACGACGUGCUGGCGAUCAACAAGAAGAACCUCCGGAAGCCGACGCGGGCCUCGCUCGCGGUCGGCGGCCGCAGCCGCUCGAGCAUCGUGGACAGCCCGUACUGA